AUGGGCGGUCUCAAUCUCGAAGUCUUCAAGUUCGGCAUGUAUGUCAUGUUCCCGAUCGGCGUCAUGUACUACUUUGGCACGAACCUCGACAACCGCUUCGCGGUGCCCGAAUUCUGGCCCAAGGCGGAGCACUCGCACAAGAUCCCGUUCGACCGCGACGAGAUCAAGUCCGAGUACGUGCGGCUGGCGAGGCGGCAGCGGGCCCUGGACGAGAUGCGAAGGGAGAGGGAGGCGGCGCAGGCGGCGCAGAACCCGCCCCCGUCGAACGAGCAGCAGUCGUGA